UGCAGCUCGUAUAAACGCGUAAUGGAACAGUGCGAGGAGGAACAGGAACAUUUUAUCAAGAGAAAUUGAAUUUCUGUUCCGAUCCGAUAAUCAGCUCUCACCAGGCUUAACAUACAUACACACCACACACCAAUUACUCAGUACUCAGUACUCAUUAUACACAUUAGGUUAAUAUUACUAUCAUGGAUUUCAACAUUAUCACCAAUUCAGAGUCUAUAUCAAAAGAAUCUCCUAUUCAAUUGAAUGAUUUAGUUAACUUUAUCUCUAGUAAACUAGAGUCUUCAUCAUCAGGUAUUAUAGACACUCAAGAAUUAAAUUCACUAAUAUUAAAGGAAUAUCAAUCAAAAUCUUCAAAAUAUAAAUAUUUAGUACAAUCUACAAAAUUAUCAAGUCCAAUUGUUGAUUCUGAUUUAACUAUAUCAUCGAAUUUUGGUGCUAUUUGGGAUUCAAAUAAAGAUGGAUAUAUAAGUCUUAAAAUAGAGUGA